AUGGGGAGAAUGGGACAAGACUCGGACCCCAAGUCCAAGUUGGUAUUAGAGAUUUGCUCCAUUUCCACGCGUUCUGUGGUAUGUGUUCAUCAUGCACUUCUCUCAAAACCAGCCAACACAAUUUUUGUUGACUGGUAUUGCAUUCUUGGAGUGGAAGAAAAUGCAGGGGUGAAUGCCAUUCGCAAGAGGUACCAUAAACUGGCCUUACAAGUUCACCCAGAUAAGAAUAAACACCCCAAUGCUGAAAUUGCUUUCAAGCUCGUUUCUGAGGCAUAUGCAUGUCUAUCUAAUGCAGCAAAGAGAAAAGCCUUUGACUUGGAGAGAUAUAAGCAUUUCUGCUUCGAGUGCAAAAGAAUUCCGUAUACAUCGAGCAAUGUCCCUGGCAAUUCAGGUGGAUCAGGUUUUAAGGCAUCAUGGAAUAUCAUCACUAGAUCAAGAUCUUUUAAACUUUGGAGAAAUAUUAGGGAAAUGAGAGAAAGAUUCGUGAACGAGGGUAAGGUGAUAGAGAACUGUCUGCGAACAAAUUCAAUGUCAAGGAAAGAAUCUCCAGUCCUCAAUCCGGUUGGCUUUCUACAAAGAAGCAAGUCACUUCAAAGAUUUGACAAAGAAACCCCUGUUUUCAAUCCGUCGGAUUAUUUGUACCAAGGCUACCCUCAUCUGAGGAGCAAUAUUUACAAGAAUUCUUCAACUUUUUGGUACUUGCAGAGAAAUAGUAUGCUUCACAACGAAAGGGGAGGAGCGCUGGCCUCCCCUGUUUUUGAAGUCCAAUCUAGGAGUUUGUAUGCUAGCAAAUUCGCUUUUGUCCCAUCAAGAUGUUAG